UAUGUAUAUACUAUAACCAUGCUAUAAUCUACUUCUCUAAGACUACUAUAAUAGCUACUAUUACACUAUAAAACUACUAUCAUCUUGUACUACUUUGUUGUAUACACAAUCUCUACAUACUUUAUAGUGCUCACCCCAGAUGCGCUUCAGAACCUGUAAGGAUAUUUCGGGUGCGACAUGUCCCAACCAAAUUGCGCAGUAUCGCUUACUAUAACCCUUUGAUAACAUAGUUUUUAGGCCAAUUAGUGUAUUCAUACAGUUAUUCGGUCAGUGAAAACAGUUUGUAUUCCUCUCAAUAGACUAUACAACAGAGUCCAGUCAUUCAAACCAUCCACUAAACCAACCAGUACAUCCAGAAUCUACAAUACAUAACACAUAACAAAUAACACAUAACACAUAAUCCUUAACAUGUCUCAUGAUAGCCCUAACUCCGAACAAAUUCAUCCCUAAACCUCUUAAGGGUCCUGCUUUACCAAAUAGAAAGUCUAUUCAAGAUUGUUUAAAGUUUGACCGAGCAGAAGGUAGUUUAAUUGAAUUAGCUAAUCAUAAAGAAGCUGUACAAGAAUUAACAUCUAUUCGUGAAACUUUCAAUAAGGAAAGUUCCAAUUACUUAUUACAGUCUAAGUUUAAUCGUUUAAAUAAUGAUUUUCAGAACAAAGAUGCCAAAUCUAAACAAUCAAUUAAUUCGGGUCAAGAGAAUAUUAAACGAACUUUUGAUAAUAUUAAGAAUACUGUAGGCGGAUUCAGUGAAUAUAAGAUCGAUUGGGAGUUCUGGACUCAUAUUGUGAAUGAUUAUGCCAAUGUAAUAAAUACGGAAUCGGAUAAAUUGAAUGAAUUAAUUAUGAAGGGGAUCCCUAAAGAGUUCCGAGGUAUUAUUUGGCAAUUGGUUUCUAAAUCAAAGAACUUUCAAUUAGAAGAAUUCUAUAUAAGCUUAAAGAAUGAACAAUCUAUUCAUGAAAAAUCCAUUAAACGAGAUUUAACUCGCACAUCUUUUUAUACUAGUAUUGAACAAUCUAAUAAAGGGAUAGAAUUAUAUAAUGUUAUAAAGGCAUAUUCAUUAUUUGAUCCUGAUGUUGGAUAUACUCAAGGAAUGAUCUUUAUUGCUGUACCUUUAAUUAUGAAUAUGAAUGAAGCAGAAUGCUUUUGUUGUUUAGUGACUUUAAUGAAAGAAUAUCAAUUACGAGAUUUAUUUUGUCCAGAAAUGAAAGGAUUACAUUUAUUAUUAUAUCAAUUUGAUAGAUUAUUAGAAAAUUAUUCUCCUAUACUUUAUAAUCAUCUCGUUAAACAAGGUAUAAAGUCAUCUAUGUAUGCUAGUCAAUGGUUCUUAACAAUGUUUGCUUAUAAAUUCCCAUUAGAUAUUGUAUUAAGAAUUUAUGAUAUAGUAAUAACUGAAGGUAUUGAAUCUAUAUUGAAAUUUGCUGUAAAUCUUAUCAUUAGAAAUGAAUCGAAUUUACUUAAUUUGAAAUUUGAUAAAUUACUUGAAUUCUUAAAGGAUAAGCUAUUUAAUAUUUAUAUUACUGAUGAAUAUAUUGCUAAAGAUGAUGAUACUGUUACUUCACCAACUACACCAACUGCCAAUAGAAGAUUCUCAUUAUUAAGUUCUAAAAGAAGUUCAGUUAGUGGUACAAGUAAUGGAGGUCCAAGUACUGGAUUGAAGUACUACAAAUUAGAUGAAUUGGUUCAUGAUUCUAUGUCAAUAAAUAUCGAUCCGGUUGAAUUAGUUAAAUUCACUAAUGAAUUCGAACAUAUAUAUGCUAAGGAAAAGGCUAAGGCAAAGGAUAUAGAAAAUCUUCAAUUAGAAAAUGGCAACUUAAGACAUAAAAUAAAGGAUUUAGAAUCUAGCUAUGCUAAUUUAAAUCGUGAUCAUGUUGAUUUUGUUCAAAAUAUGGUGGAUAUUAAAGUAACAUUACCAGAAGUAUUAAAUGAUAAUGAAGAAUUAGAAUUAGAGAUUGAAAACUUAAAGAAAGAAUUGACCGAUUUGAAAUCUAGAAUUAAAGAAACUACAACUUCAGAACAUGGUUUACCCGAUAAUAUCGAAGAUACUAUUCAUAAACUCUUAGAGAUUAAUGCUCAAGAAACUGAAAGGUUUGCAAAUCUUCAAGAUAUGUAUGACCAAUUUCUAUUUGAAGAUGAAAAGCUUACAUCUGAAAUAAAGAAACAUCCUAAUAAUAAGGCUUGGUUUGGUAGAUGGAAGUAGAAUGGUCAUAGUUUCGUCAUAUUUAACUAAUUCAUGUGUAUAUGCUUUAAUGUAAUUAUUAUACUAUUUUGUAUGGGUUGCCCUUGUCACGUG